GGCAAGCACUGGGGCGCCCCCUCUCAUGGUGUUGACUCGAGUCAGCUGCUUUUAUCUCCUUUUCAGUUUCCUCGUAGUUUUUGAGGAAACUUUGUUUUUUGCUGCUGCUGUAAAAUGAGUAGCAUAUUUCGGUUGAUGUGUGGAAAGUGCUGGAAGUCAGGAUGGCAGAGCUGGAGAAGAGGAUACAGCGUGUUUAGCUGGAAUUCGGUGCUAAAGUUCAGGAGCUUUUCAUUGCAUCAUGUGACAUUAAGAUUAGGAUCGACUGAAUUAUUGCUGUCACACUCACGCGUUUUCUCCAGCAAACCUCCCAAAGGAUUUGAGAAGUUCUUUCCAAAGAGAUCAGCUCCAGAACCCAGAGAGAAAUCCGGUGAGCCGGAAUCCCAAAGAAGCAGAGAUGGAGCAGGAACAGGCGGUGGUGAGAAGAAGGAAGAUGGCAGACGGUGGUCUCGCAUCCUACGAAGAGACGUCCCGUGGGAUGAGAAGCAUUUCUGGAACGUCCUCUUUGCAGGAACUGGGAUGCUGGCGACUUUUCUGUAUUUAUACUUCCGAGAUGGAGGAAGAGAGAUAUCGUGGAGGGAGUUUGUUAAUUUCUACCUCGCUCGAGGCCUGGUCCAGAGGCUAGAAGUGGUUAAUAAACAGUACGUCCGAGUGAUUCCUGCUCGCGACGUCAACACCUCAGAGGUGAGUUAUGUUUGGUUUAAUAUCGGUACUGUGGACACAUUCGAGAGGAAUUUGGAGCAAGCAGAACGAGAGCUGGGUUUGGAAGAUCCACACAAGGUGCCGGUGCUGUACAGCACUGAGAGUGACUGGUCUUUCUUCAUGAUCUUGCUCCCGUUCGUCGCGCUGCUCGGUUUCCUGGCGUUCAGCUCCAGGCAGUGGAAGCCUGGAGGAUGGCAGCGUGGAAGAGGAAACAAUAUCUUCAGAAUGACCGAGUCCAAAGCGAAGAUGAUCAGAGACAGCAUCACCGUCAGACUGAAGGACGUUGCUGGCUGUGAGGAAGCCAAGCUGGAGAUUUUAGAGUUUGUCAAUUUCCUGAAGAAGCCCAAACAGUACCAGGAACUCGGUGCCAAAAUCCCAAAGGGUGCUGUAUUAUCCGGUCCACCUGGAACUGGAAAGACUCUGCUGGCCAAAGCGACUGCAGGCGAAGCUGGAGUUCCCUUCAUAACAGUCAACGGCUCCGAGUUUCAGGAGAUGUUCGUUGGUGUAGGAGCAGCCCGGGUGAGGGACACGUUUGCGCUGGCCAGAAGACACGCCCCCUGUAUCCUCUUCAUUGAUGAGAUUGAUGCAAUGGGCAGGAAGAGGGGCCAAGGGCACUUUGGUGGGCAGAGUGAGCAGGAGAACACGCUUAACCAGCUGCUGGUGGAAAUGGACGGCUUUAACAGCAGCAUUAAUGUGGUGGUUCUGGCUGCUACGAAUCGUGUGGAUGUUUUAGAUCCGGCGCUUUUGAGACCCGGGCGAUUCGACAGGCAUAUUUACAUCGGACCGCCUGAUAUUAAAGGCAGGGCUUCGAUCUUUAAAGUGCACAUGAGGCCACUGAAGCUGGAUUCCAGUUUGACCUCAGAUAAUCUGGCCAGAAAACUGGCUGCGCUCACACCUGGCUUCACAGGGGCCGAUAUUGCCAACGUCUGUAACGAAGCAGCUCUCAUCGCAGCACGGCACCUCAGCCCGGCUGUGACCUCCACACACUUCGAGCAAGCCGUCGAGAGGGUGAUCGGAGGUCUGGAAAAGAAGACGAGGGUUCUGCAGCCUGCCGAAAAAACCACCGUCGCUUACCACGAGGCCGGCCAUGCAGUCGUAGGCUGGUUUCUGGAACACGCAGACCCUCUGCUGAAGUUGUCCAUCAUUCCUCGAGGUAAAGGCCUGGGCUAUGUACAGUACCAGCCGAAGGAGCAGUAUUUGUUCACACGUGAGCAGCUCUUCGACAGGAUGUGUGUGAUGCUCGGAGGGCGCGUGGCGGAGCAGGUGUUUUUCGGCAGGAUCACCACGGGCGCUCAGGACGAUCUGAGAAAAGUCACCCAGUCUGCGUACGCUCAGAUCAUGCAGUUCGGGAUGAGCGAGUCAGUUGGUCAGAUGGCGUUCGAUUUGCCGCAGCAAGGCGAGCCAGUGUUAGAGAAGCCUUACAGCGAGGCCACUGCAGAGCUCAUAGACCAGGAAGUGAGGUCACUCAUCAGCAAAGCCUUCGAGAGAACGCAUCAGCUCAUCACCGAGAAACGAGAGCUGGUGGAGAAGGUGGGGAAGCGUCUCCUGCAGAACGAAGUCCUGGACAAAGCGGACAUGGUGGAACUGCUGGGCCCGAGGCCGUUUGUAGAGAAAUGCACCUACGAGGAGUUUGUAGAGGAAACCGGCAGCUUGGACGAGGACACGAGUCUACCUGAGGGACUAAAGGACUGGGACAAGGACGACGAGACGUCUCGGCAUAACGGCUCCUCACAGCAGCACAGAGAGUUUAUAUACUUGUAGCAGGGACAGAGCUCUGUGGAGCUGGAAAGGACAAAAUGAUCGCCAGCCAAAUCUGUGACUUCAUUUUAAAGGCAGUUUUAAGAUAUUUGCUUUUAUUUCCUGUGUGAGGGACAAGUGUUUCCCUGAACAAGACACAGACCUUAGAAGAAAGUCCUACCUGAAACGUCAAGGCAUUAACCCUCCCUGGGAUCAGAAACUUGAUGUCCAGAUCUCAAAACAAGGAAGAUCUCACAUGAGUAGCAUGACUGCACAUGAAACAGUUGAAGUCUGUGGGUUAAAAAACACACCUGAGACCUCCUCCAUCUUUACUUCCUGUAAAUGUCCACCUUUUUCAUGUGACGAAGUUUUUGCACCCUGCUCCUUACCUUUAGAUAUGAUUUUACAAGCAUUUGUAUGUGAUAUAAUUAGCGGACUAAAUAUAAAAUCAUUGGCUAGUCUACUGGGUGAAUAAAAUCUCCCAGUUGAAACGGAAACCCUCUUACUGGGUAAGCUAAGCUAGCUAUGAAAGUCAUGAAAUAACAGAGCUAGUUAUCUGGUUAAAUGGUGAUUAACCUAUGUUAAUUAAUACAGAUAAAGGGAAACGUGUUCAUGAUUAGUAUUUAUUAUUACUAUUCAAACAGUUUCUAAUGUAGCAUGUGACGAAAACCUCGUCCUGUAAAGUUUAGCCGACGAUUUUUAGCUCCUCAGCUUCGUCCUCGGCCUUGUUAUUCCUCUGAGGAAGAAAGGACAGAGUUUGAGGACUGUUACUUUUUGGUUGCGACCAUUUACGUUUUCCAGUGCUCUAUCGCAGGCUUCACGUCCGCGCUUUCGUAUUUAUACGCUUCUGAUAGUUUACAAAAAUCAGACCAUGUGACCCAGCAGCUUUUGAAUGAAGCUGGUGGACGUUUCCGUGGCUUCUGAAAAGGUUUUGGUGCUUCUGCGUCAAUGAAACACUGGAUUUGUUUGUGAAAAAUUGACGCUCUGAACGAUUACCUUCAGCGUGAGUGAGAGUCCUGCACAACGUGAUCACUCGAGGAAGGAUAAUGUAAAGAAUCUUGUUGUUAAUGGGAGGAAUCGUACAAUUUUUUUUUACAAUUUUUUCUCUUAAGAUCUUAUAGGUUUCAUUUCAUCCUGCCCUUCAGAAGCUACGUAAGAAACUGUUUUCCAGGGAAGGCAAAUUAAUAACAAUUUACACCAAUGUUUUCACCCCAAACCCAACCCCUCCCCCUGCCCUGACUCUCUCUUUCUUGAGCAUCUCAUGUGAAAAGAUGGAUCUCAGGAUGGAGUCGCUGUUGGAAAGGGAUCAAAUACGCAGAAGAUGCUAGAAAAACAACUAACGUGCUGGAGAAUUUUCUGAACAGAAAUCAUGAACAAGAAGAUAUAAAAAUGCUGGUUGAUGAUCCAGGUAUCAAGAAACAGGAUUAAGACUUGAACAUCUAAACUGGUUCAUUUGUGUAGAUUCGGUUAUUAUUGUGUCCUAUGAACUGUACAGUAUGUAAACAUCUGUUAUGUGAAACUGCUUAUUCAGGGCAGGAUGAAAUAAAACUAAAUGCAAUGUU